AUGCCAUCCUCUCAAGCUGCGCCGGUGAACAAUACACCACAGCCGCCAACAGAUUCGCUCAAGCUACCACUUCCUCCUCUCACUUUGCACUUUGCUGUUCGAGGUGAUGCAUGUAGGGAUAGCUUCUAUCAAAGAUACUUACGUAAAGGAGAUUCAAACGAUGCAACCAGUGCAGUGAUUGGAAAAGGUGGAUUUGGGACGGCGUACAGAUAUGUACGUGACGACAGUUUCACUCCUCCUACUAGCGUAUUGGAAACGACUGUCAGUAGCGCAGAUUGCGAUUUGACAGGCAAUUCAGAUAUGUCAAAGAGAAGGUCAAAUUUACUUUCAGCUUCUGACACAAAGAUGGAUUUGACAAGAUCAGUUUCAGCAAACAACAUUAAAGCAAGCGCCGUUCGAGGUGGAUCUGUACCGCCUUCGCCACCUUGUGGAGCAACGAUUACAAAACAUCAUCGAAAUAAAGCACCUGCUGUAGUCGUGGUGAAAGUUUGUCGAACACCUACUUCUGGUUCUUAUGAUGAAUUACCAAAGACGGGAAUCGGUCGUACAGAAGCAAAAAUUGCUGCUCAAGAAAUCGCAGCAGGAAAUCCUAUUGGUGAACAUACAAGAAUCGUUAGAGGAGAAGCACGUUUGUUACGAUAUUUGCAAAUGUGUCAAGCGAUGGAAGAUAUCAAAGCACACAAAUCUCAUUGUGUUAGAUUGUUGGCCGAUAUACCGAUGUCUGGUUCGCGUGGAGAUGAUGAUAGUGAUGAAUCUAGCAGUGGUCCACCAAUUCCAAGAUUGUUGGUAUUCGAGAGAUUGGUUGAUUUGGACGCUGAACUUACUUCUCGUGGUUGGUCAAAAAGCAAACAAGUUUGGUCAGUCGAAAAGGUUGAAAAUACAGCCAAAGAUGCAAUUGCAGGUUUGAAAUUCCUUCAUAGUCAUGCGAUCGUUCAUGGAGAUUUGAAACCGAGUAACUUUAUGAGAGAUGCAAGAUCAGGAGCGGUGAAAUUGAUUGAUCUGGGUGCCUCUAGAAGAUGGGUUCGAUUGCACAAUCUCGCCAAGGAGAGGACAACAGCUGUAGAAGAACUUGAUCAAGCAGUACAAAAUGGGCAAAUUGAGAUGCAAAGACCAGAAGACAUUCUAUGUGAAGGACUGGGUUCUUUGACUGGUUCACCUCAUUUCAUGGCGCCGGAAGUAUUGCUACAAGCAGGUAGAUAUCUCUCUUCGGAUGGCAUGGCCCGCAAUGUCUUGGAUGAUUAUGUGACAAACAAGAACAGACUCCCUCGUCACCCAAGUACGGCAUUGCUUUCUGUGGCUCAUCGCGAUUUCAAGAGAGGUUGGGGUAUCAAAGCUGAUGUCUGGUCAUGGGGUUGCUCUUUGCUAUCGUUGACACUGCGAACAAUCGAGCCGGCGUCUAGACCAUCUUCUAGCACCGUAUGUGCAUUUGACUUCUCAUUCGAGACAGACGUAGAUGCUUUGCAACCAUUAUGGCCUCUGCAUUCUUCAAAUGACAGCCUACCGCGAUUCCAUCAAUGGGCACGACUUUACGGAUUGCGUAUCAUGAGCGUUGUGGAGAGAGGUGUUGCACUUCCAGCUUAUGCUGAUUGUCUUUCGGCACCUUUUAUCCACAUGCUACAAGCAGCUUUCUAUCAUUUAGACUCGAGACCAUCCGCUGCUAUGGUUCUGGAAUACCUUGAUGCACAUACAGGUAGCAAUGUUGAGUAUAUGAGCGAGAUCGAUAUGGACUUGCCUUCCAGAGCUCCUUCUCGUGCACAAUCGAUUGCUCGAUCCGUCACUUCAGCUUCAAGCGUACAAUUGUCUAUGCCAGAUGAGCCGCACAAUAUCGAUGUCACGCCAUCAACAUCAUUCAUGACGUCCAAGUCAUCUUUGAUCGGUGAUGUACGUAUGAACGCAUCGGAAGUAAAUCUGUCUUUGCCAAGUCAGCCUGUCAAUGCUCGUAUUGCAAUCAUUCAAGAUCAAACCAACAGCGGCUCACGUCAGUCAAAUGGUCCACUGGCAUCUUCCCCUCUCGCUUCACCUGGUGCACCACAACGCAGUUUCUCACCUCUACAUCCGGAUGGCCGUAAUAUGACAGCAUAUCAUCGACCUACAGCUCUUAUGCAUGAAACAAAGGGUUCAAGCUCAAGAAGAUCAUCAUUCAGUACGGAAAUGGCGAAUGUGGCAAGAAGAGCGGAAGAUGCGAUUUCCGUUAGUCCAUCAGUGCAAACGCAUAUGACUACUCCUUUGAUGGAAACAUUGUUACCUGUAACACCAAAGCAACAAAGCAGCAUGAACAAAUUCCCAGGUAGCCCACAACAAUACAGGGAUGAUUCGCGCAGCCCAAGUCAAGGAAGGGAACGCACUGAAUCUUUGUCAAGUGUUCAAUCAAACGGAAACCUUAUGGCAGAUCAUCGACCGGGAAGGCAAACUUUGAAGGGAAAAGUAAGUCGAACCUCGAUCUUCUCACGUAUGGCAUCUUCGAUGAGAUUGCAGCCACGUAAUUCAGCUAUGGGCGACCCUAGAGUACCGAUACAAGGCGGCGAACAAACAGCAAGGCCAUUCUAUGCAAGCGAUGCAGGACAAUCUGAAUCAUUUUCUCAAAUGGAAGGUGUGGAACAGUUGGACAACUCGGAACUUCAUAAAGGAUCUGGAAGUGCUUUAGGUUUAAAUCUGGGCAGUGCAAUUUUGCGUACAACACAAAGUCAUGCUUCUUUACGUGGCGGAUCAGAUCAAGGUGGUUUGUUCGGGAAGAAGCAAUCACGUUCAAGUCAUCGUACGCAAGGUAGCAUUUCCAAUUCUAUGUUUGAGAACAGACCUUCGCCCACAUCUCAAUACUUUACCGGUGAUUCGGCACAAAGUGGAAUGCAAAAUUUCAGCUCUUUACAACAACAGCAGCCACAAAAUACCAAAAAGCAACGUCAAAGGAACAGUAGUGUACCUCAAUCCUUACGUUUGCACUUACCUGAUUCAAGAAAAACCGAUCAAAUUUCACCUCCUGUGCGAUCGGCUGUGACCAUGGCAGAUCAACAAGGAAGCUUUUUGCAGCAUGAUCCUGCACAAAGUUUGCCGCAUACAGCACCCCUUACAGAUCAUCAUGGUGAUCGAAGUGAUUCACAUAGCACAAGAAGGCAAAGAUCAUGGUCAGCAUUCUUCCGUCGGAAUAAGAAGUUUGGCUGA